AAAAGGAUUUCAGCCUACGCAUGUGCAAGUCAUGCCGGAUGUGGAGGGCACUCAUGGACUAGCAGGAGAUAAUACUGAUGAACCACAUGAUAUAGGCUCGAGGUUUGAUCUAACAUGAGCAAUCGGUCUCCCGUGAAAAGCCCGCCUCGGAAAAAGGUCGCUGCGAUUCCACAUCCGGUGAAUCGUGAAAAGGCCUCGCCUUACAAGUUGCGCGAUUCUUCUAAACUUCCUUCGCGAUACAGAGAUGAAGAAAUCGAAGUGGCUCCAUUACGUGCAAGAACACCAGCAAAACUUAGAAGUCCUGCAAAAUCUGGUCAUAUUGUUGCUCCUGGUUCGUCUGCACGGAGAGUUCUGGAUACAAGUGCUACACAUAUACAGCAUCAGGCUUCACCCGUCCCAGGUCCACUACAGGAGAACAUUUCGCAUUCUAAUUCCACAGCUGCUCGCAGGAGUGGGCAGCUUAUCGAAAUGCCAAAAAUGGAAAACAUUCUUGAUAGGAAAUCACCCGUCAUGCUUCUGAAUACUGCCGACGUCAAUGCCACUUCAUUUGCAAGCAUUCGAAACGAGUUGCAAACAAAUUCCUACAUUGCACCGACUGUGGUCACCAGACAUUCUGGAUAUCAGCAACAUUCCAGAAAUGUUUCACGAGUGGUGGAAGAGUCCUAUUCCAAUACCCCGGAGUCUUCGCGCUCAUCAUUCGACGACGAUGCUUCCGAAGCCACAAGGAAUGCUUUACUCAAGAAAAUAGCACGGCAUAAGUCGCAAAAUGAGAUUGGUACUGAGCUUCAGUGCAAUUUGAGGCGUAUACGAAACCUCCUGAAACUUCCCAAGGCUAGACGAUGGGUGAUUUGCGAGUUUUUCUAUUCUGGUGUAGAUGAACAACUAUUUUUGGGCGAUAACGAGUUCAGACAACUUAUAAGAGAAGCAUUUCCAAACCUCAAAACCAUGCUGAUGAACAAACAAGAGUGGCGAGUAGUGCGUCGCCUUCUAGGCAAGCCCCGUCGUUGCAGCUCAACAUUUUUCGAGGAAGAACGACGAAUAUUGGAUCAGAGAAGACGGAAAGUGCGUGGAAUCUACGAUGGCUCUUACACCUCUCUGGCGAAUUGCGAUCUCAGCGAUAUGCCUCCGAACCUACCUGCGCCAUUAGUUGUUGGAAUGAAGGUUUAUGCGAGGUUGCGCACACCGAAGGAUGGCAUAUACGGAGGUACCAUCGACGCUCUCGUAGGAGGAGGCGGAUAUCGGAUUGUUUUCGACAAGGAAGACAUGAUUCCUCCAGCGUUCGUCCCCGAUUACGAAGUCAUGUAUGACGGCUCUUUGGAGCUGCUUUCCCUAUCGUAUUUUCUGCAACAGAAUAACGCGCGAUUACCUGUGCCAAUGACAGUUUCGCGAGCAGUACCUGUCACGUAUCCUACCAAGCAAAGGAAAUCUUCCGAAGCAAAUCAUGAGAAAGUUGGGAAUUUUCCUGUCCGUAUGCUAGUCAUUUUGGUGAAGGUGGCCAAGUUGCUAGACAUAAAGAAAAAACUAGUGAAAACUUUGACGGAAUUAAAUAACGAAGCUGAGAGGGAAAGUAUUCUUACGGACAAGUACACGCCUAUCUUUCAAGAACGUUAUGCACGUACCGUUGUUGAUUUGGAGACGGUGAACCGACAGGUAAACAUCUACCUCAAUGGUAUACAAGAAUAUAACUCGCAGUUACUUCCGCAGCUCAGCGAGGUGAACAUUAGUGCUCGACCUGAAGCAUUACGCCGGAUGUGCUCUUCGCAUGCUAAUCAGAUCUUCAAACAUUGCAACCGUGACUUAAAUGUGUCUAACCCACAAGCAGUGCGGCUCAUCACUGCUUUAACAUCGCUUUUAUUACAGAUCCGCUCACUUGGUCAGCAAAAAAUGACCCCAAUAGACCUUACCUCAUUGAAUGAGUCUAUCAGCGAACUUCGUCAAAUGAUCUCCCCGAAGAACUACAAUUGCUUCCAAGACCAUGUGGAAGUGCAUAUGAAGCAAGUGAACAACGUCAUGCUUAAAAGUGGAGCUGUCGCAUUAUGAAAAUGUUUUAAGCCAUAAAAAUGAAUUGUGAUUGACCCAGUAAAUCCUCCUGCUUCCCAUUUUGCCUGUGCAUGUAGAUAGCGUUUUAUUAUGGUGCUGUUUUAUUACAAAUUGUAAGUCAUAAAAAUCAAACUGCUUGUUUGUUUUUCUAUAGAGAGG